AUGUCUUCCUCUCGCUCUCCAUCUCCAAUUUCUCCAACCCCUGCCCAACAAAACGCAAAAGCACAAUUACUUCCUGCAAACACCAACAAGUCUCCUCGUGAUCUCACUUCUCCUUUGUCUCCUCUGUCUCAUUUGUCUUCGCCUCAUUCACCUCCUCAAUCUCCUUCUACCUCGACCUCUACUUCUACGCCUCUAUUCACUUUAGCUCCAUCUCGUUCUUUCCCCACUCUUCCUUCACCACAUUCAUUACAUCUCCAUGCAAUUCACCAACACUCACUCUCCACUAGUGACGAUGAGAAUGCUCAGAAUUCCAAUGAUUCAAUCUCCACUUCUCCUCCUCCUCCUCCUUGCCCUCUUCCCUCUCCAACGUCACCUCCAAUUCCCAUUCCCACUCGCAUGCCUCCUCCUUCUCACACAUCUCCUCCUCCAUCAUUCCACCCUUCAAACUCCACCACACACUCACAAUUAUCCCAAUCCGCACACAACACACAACACACCUCAGUUCCACAUGGGGAUGCAUCCCUACUCCCCAUCACCGAGACCACCACCAACACCACCACUACCACCGCCACCACCAACUCCAACACCAACAACACCACUUUCACUACCAUCCACACCUACACAUCUACACUCACGUCCACCUCACCGUCACACUCCGCCUCCACCACAACCUCCUUCUCCAUCUCCUCACUCAUAGCUUCCACCACUUCAUCAAACUCGUCAUCCAUCUCUUCAUCCAACCCUGUACUCUCCACCUCCGAGGAUAUACAUCUCNUUCAACACACCAUGACACGCACCACUCUACGCACUCGCAGGCUUUUUCGCUGCCGUUACUGCGUUAAGUGCUUCUCAACCAAACGCUUACGACAUGCUCAUCACCGACUCCACACUUCAUAUGGCCCAAUCGCACCCACUUGCCCACCACCAGCAACUUCCAUUCACUUCAUAUGUAUGCACUGCCAUCAAGCCUUCACCAACGAGAGUGCAUGGAGAUUGCACAUUCAACUCACUCAUCCUCCAGCACAAGUAGCUUCACCUCCUGCCACACUCAGGUCACAUGCUAUGACUUACGCGCCUCCAUCCCCCUCCACUUCCACUUCCACUUCCACUCCAACAACCACCUCCAGUUCCUCAUCCCCCACACAUUAA